AUGGCCUCCGACCCACCGCAACAGCCCGAACACGCCCACGACGAUGACAACCCCGCCGCGACGCACGACGUGCAGCCUGUCGAUGGCAAUCAGACGCUCGGGAUAAAGGAAGAGGAAGAGACAUCGGCGCAGAAUGGUGAUGGCGAUGAUGGAAUCCAGGCGUCGCGCCCUACAAAGCGACGGAAGCUCGAGAGCCUCACGCCGCGCCGGUCAUUAUCACGCGCCGCGUCGCCCCCGUGGAAGUCGUUCGCAGCGGAUGGGCCGACGACUGUCUUCGAUAAUGGUGUAAGGAAGUCGUCGCGUGUGAACCGAGAGGCACCGACGCCGCCAGAGCCGCUCAUAAAGAAAAGCUCGCGCAUUGGUGUCGCGAAGGGAACACAGACAAAUGGCACGUCCAAGAGCAGCAGCAAGCAGAGUUCGCGCGCAGUCUCAAUAGCUGCAACGUCGGCUAAGGCCAAAACAUCAUCGGCAACGAAGAAGAAGGCUCCAGCACCGCCGCUGCAGUCGCCGACGCGCAAGUCUGAGCGCAACAAGAAAGCUUCGGCCGCCACCCUCGCGACUUCUCCCCUGUCGCCAGCCCUCGCAAAGGCAUCUCCAGAAAGUACGCGAAAGCGUCCUGGACGCGCUCGCAAGUCCACUCUGAUCUCGACCGAUGACGCAGUCCAAUUGUUCGAUCUAGCCGAAGACCCUCAAAACACAUACGACGAUCAGUGGAAUUCCGUAGACAUGUCAAACUCCACAAACUCCGCCGCACCCCGCAUUCGACUACGAUUUCGAAGACUCACCCCACCGACCCGCCAUCCCCACCACCUGCCACCCGCUCGAAAACACGCUUCGUUCGCCGAAUGGUUACAUCAUGACGACGCGCUGGAAGGAGAAGAAGGCCACAAGAUAACGGAGGAGAAGGCUAAAGAGGAGGCUUAUCGCCGGCUGCAGAUUGCUGAUGCUGCUGAACGGGGCGUGCUGAGUCUGGGGCGGUGUAGCGUAUUCCAGCCUGAACCGGCCGAUGAACCACCGCCGAAAUAUCGUCAUUGGGACCAUGUCGUCAAUCAUGCUCUUACUUUCAACAAGCUCCUGAGGGAGGAGAAUUCUUACCACCGGAAAAUGGCAAAGACGCUCGCGAGAGAGGCUCACGAAUACUGGAAAGACAAGUACAAGCGGAAGUCGCAAGACGAGAUCGACCAGGAAGAGGCAGAUCGCACUCUGCUCCGGUACAAACAGCUUGUCAAGGACGUCAAGGAUACAUGGGCGAAUGUCAGAGUGGAGAUUGACAAGGAGCGUGUGGCAAAAUGGGAAGCGGAGCAGGUCCAGCUUGGUCACAAGGCCAUGGACGACAUGUUCAAUCAAGCUCAAGAAAUCUUAGGCCGCACCGUCGUAGACUCUGCCUCGUCUUUUGUUAGCGACGACCGCGACACGGAGGGCGAAGGUGGAGAUUUUGGAAGCGGCACAUCGCAGGUCUCGGGCGAAGAGGACGUGGAUCAUCAAAUGACCUCUGAUUCCGAAAGCGACGAAGGUCACGACGAUGACGAGGAUGCCAAUCUGACUGCUGAACAAUUGCGCGCUAAAUACGAACAGCUACCAGACCUUCCAGACAACAAUUCUAGCGUUGAUGACGAACAAGAAGUAGGCGAAGAUGAAGAUGAAGAUAAGGCCAUGGAUGAUGAUCGAGGUACACCUGAGCCAACUCCGGAUCCGGACCUGCAAACGGAAAUGCAUAUUGAAAUGGAGAACGGCGAUGAACCACCGGACGAUCCCUUUACCCAUGCGAACGGAUUCCAUGGCGAAGAUGUGAAUGGCGAUGAGAAGAAGUCAGAUUACAUUGAUCCGGCUACCGUCGAACUCGACGCAGUAGAUGAAGCCCUGUUAGAUUCUGACGACGAUGCAUCUGGAUCUGGUAGCGAGGAGUGGUCGAGCGACGAGGACGAAGAUUCUGAUCAAGUCGGUGAAGACGAUGAAGGACAAUCAGCCUCCGUUUCAGAGCUAGGAGAUGAUGACGUUGGCGUAAUGGGCUUCCUGACCCCGGCUGAGAUCAAGAAGCUGAAAGCGUCUGCUAAGACGAUUGUGGACGAUGUCAACGCAGAUAACGAAAUACCUGUGAAUGGAACGCACGACACGAAUGGUACGAAUGGAAUCCACAGAGAAGAGGAAGAGGACGUCAAAGUUAUCUCUGAUACCAACGGUACGACAGAAGAUGUUGAUACCGCAGACAUGGGCUGCAUUUUACGUGAGGAUACCUCUGAAGCUGCGCCAGCCCCCAUAGAAAUUGACGCGGGUGGCUUCGAGAAGGAGGACGAGACUGUACCAGAAAAGGCCGUCCUUAGAAGUCGCUCUCGGCAUCCGUCUGAACCUCCGCGCGUCGAAGUACCAUCUCUCCUACGAGGUACACUGCGCGAAUAUCAGCAUGAUGGCCUCGAUUGGCUUGCCAACCUGUACGAUUCAGACACAAACGGAAUCUUAGCUGACGAGAUGGGACUUGGCAAGACUAUCCAGACGAUCUCAGUGUUAGCGUACGUUGCUUUGCAUCGACAAAAGUGGGGGCCACAUUUGGUUGUCGUUCCUACCAGCGUAAUGCUCAACUGGGAGAUGGAGUUCAAGAAGUUUUUGCCAGGUUUCAAGAUCCUUACCUACUACGGUGACAUCGCCGAGCGCAAGAGAAAGCGUAUUGGCUGGCGCAACACAGGACGAGAUAUGAUCAACGUCGUCAUCACCUCGUACCAGCUCAUCCUCCAAGACGCAGCAGCAUUCAAGAUGCGCGCGUGGCAAUACCUCGUUCUUGACGAGGCUCACAACAUCAAGAACUUCAAAUCCCAACGAUGGCAGACUAUGCUGAACCUGCGCACAGAGCGGCGAUUGCUUUUGACGGGUACGCCUCUCCAGAACAACAUUGACGAGCUCUGGUCCUUGCUCUAUUUCCUGAUGCCAGCUGGCUUCGCUGGCGAAGGUCGCAUUGCCGGCCUAGAAGAGUUUACAAUGGCCCUCAAGAACCCAACCUCGCAAAUUCUGGAACAAGGACGGCAACAGCUGGACGCGGAGGCUCAGAGAAUCGUCAAGAAACUCCAUGAGGUUUUACGUCCUUAUCUUCUCCGCAGACUGAAGGCGGACGUUGAGAAGCAGAUGCCGGGAAAGUACGAACACGUGGUAUACUGCAAGCUGUCCAAGCGACAGCGACAAUUGUAUGACGGGUUCAUGGGCCGCGCAUCGACCAAGGAGAUUCUGUCAUCCGGUAACUACAUGUCAAUUAUCAACUGCUUAAUGUCACUUCGAAAAGUCUGCAACCACCCUGACCUGUUCGAGACCAGAGCCAUUGUGACCUCCAUGGCCAUGUCGAAGUCAGUCGCUGCCCGGUUCGAAAUAAAAGACUUUCUCAUCCGGAAACGGUUGUCAGAGGGUAUGGAAGAUAAGGUUGUUAGCUUAGAGGCUCUGAAUCUGGUAUUUGCGCACCGUGAGCGUACUUCGACGCUGCAAGCCCGAAGGGCACAGCAAAUUCGCGCUACACGUCCGCUGGAAGACCUCAUUGAAGUCCAAACACGCCGUAUCAACCAAGCUGCCGAGGCGGUGCCGUCCUCUAUCCAAUCCACCCUGGCGGCCAUGGCGAACAGGGAACGAACUGCAGUCCGAGAACACCUGCGAACAUGUCUCAAGCUUACCCGUGCCCGGACGCAGUUCUUACCCAUUUACGGCAAAGGUCUAAUCGAUCGGUUGACCAUGGAUUACGAGAGUUAUGCAUUCGGCGCGCGCGAACCAGAUGAGCAGAUCACCAGGCCUCCGCAGCCAUCGUAUAAUAAUCCGGCAUAUGGACCUCCAGGUAUGCAGUAUCAUCAGCCAAACCCAUUCGGACAUGGGCCUGUAUCACUACCACCUGUCAUUGGGACCAAAGAGGGUCGUCGCGGGAGGUUAGGUUUUCGUCAACCACUUCACCCAGCGUUUGCUUCGUUGUGGCAUCAACAGAAGAUCAAUGCUUUUACUGACAUGAUACCCACCCUUGAGCAACGCGCCGAGGCUCUCGAGCCGCUUGUCACACGCUUCACUUGCGUCACUCCGGCAGUUGCAGCCGAGGAGUUGGCUCCUUUGACGUUGUCAAACACUGGUGUACAGCUUGUACGGUCGUCGGAUAUGGCCUACCGACGGGACCCUUUCCACGAAAGUCGCAUCCGGCAGUCCAUUGCUUUCCCCGACAAACGCCUUCUGCAAUACGACUGCGGCAAAUUACAACGAUUGGCCACUCUUCUACGAGAUCUCCAAGCAGGCGGCCACCGCGCUCUCAUCUUCACCCAGAUGACGAAGGUCCUCGACAUUCUCGAGCAGUUCCUCAACAUCCACGGCCACCGCUACCUCCGUCUCGAUGGCGCAACAAAGGUCGAGCAGCGCCAGAUUUUAACCGACCGCUUCAACAACGACCCGCGCAUCCUCUGCUUCAUCCUCUCCUCUCGCUCCGGCGGUCUCGGCAUCAAUCUUACAGGCGCAGAUACCGUCAUCUUCUAUGACCUCGACUGGAACCCCGCAAUGGACAAACAAUGCCAGGAUCGCUCCCAUCGCAUCGGCCAAACGCGCGACGUCCACAUCUACAAGUUCGUCUCUGAGUACACCAUCGAAGCUAAUAUCCUACGCAAGAGCAACCAGAAGCGUCUUCUGGAUGAUGUCAUCAUCCAGAAAGGCGAUUUCACAACCGACACCUUCAACCGCGUCACUUGGCGUGACGCCCUCGACGACGGUCUCGGCGACGAAGCAGGUGCAGCCAUGGACCGCGUGUUGGGCGAAAAGGCAGGUCUCCUUGGUGAUGCGCGCGUCAUGGGUACUGUCGAAGACACAGAGGACAUGGCUGCUGCUACGGUUGCGCAGAAAGAGAUCGUGGAUGAAAUUCACGAUGAUCAGGUUGACUUUAGCGAAAGCGCUGCGGCGACGCCCGGGGGAGCAACAAGAGCGGGGAGUGAAUUGGGCGAGGAGAUGCCGGGAGGUGUUGAUGGGGAGAGGCUGAGACGGCAUGUCGAUGAGUAUAUGCUAGGGAGGUUCAGGGAUGAGUACGGGAGGGAGCCGUAUAAGCCGCCGACGGAUCGGCAGAGGAGGCAUAGGAAGGGUGGAGAUGUGCAUCGCACGCAUAAGAAAAAGAGGUACUGA